GAGAAUAUUUAAAGAAACCGUUAAAUUUAUGCAUAACUAUGGCUCUAAUAAUACAGUUUGCUUACUUUGAUAAAAAAUACUGUGUAUGGUGUUAAAUAAACACAACUAAAGUAACUUCCAAUUAAUAGGAAAUUAUUAGGAACCCUAUUCCUUAACCAUUUUUUUUUUCUUUUUCACAAGGGCCCAAAGCAGCUAAUUCAGUAUUUACAACUGACAAUAUGAAGAAUGCAUCUGACCCAUCACCUCCCUAGCUGUCUGAACCACAAACUGCAGGAUAUUCUUGCAACAAUGAUUUUAAGACGUUAAGGAGUUAAAACCAGAGAAUAUAGGUCUACGUUACUGCUGGGAUAUAACACAUCGACAGUAACCAUCCUAAGAAGAUGCUAUAUAAAACAGCCACAAAAUGAAAAUAUAACUGUAAAAGCCUGAAAACAAAAUGGUGAGCAUUUUUAAAGGGGGAGUUUAUAAUUUAACAUACCAAAAUUGUGGAGCCACCAAUUCUUGAAGAAACAAUGAAACAUGGAUUGCCAAGAGAAUGAUAUACAUUACCAGCAAGCUAAAUGAAGCUUUAGCAAGUAUUUUUCUGCGCUAAAUAUUCAGAUGUUCGUAUCAAUUGAUAUUACUAAAGGAUUUUUCCAUCUGAGUUUUAUGACCAAUUAUGUAUCCUCUUCUAAUGAAAACAAACCAAAUUAAAUAGCAGAUGGUUUUUAUCAAGAGAACAUGGACUGGACUUAUAACCAAGUUAUGUGACCAAGAAAUCAUUUCAAAAUAAUGAGGACUGCUAUAGAAACAGAUUUACAUUUGUAACAAAAGGAUGUCUAAGUACAUUUUAGAAGCUAGAAACCUUAUGUUUCUUUUGUUUUCACAUGUUCUGGAAAAUAAAGAGACAUCAUCACAUAUUCUCUCAAAGGGAAACAAUUCCUAUCAUUUGAGGAAGUUUCUCUCGGUCGUGACUUUUUAAGGCAAAACAAACACAAGUAUUUUGUACUGGUCUUUAGAAAUUCAUCAGCCAACUAAAUCUCACAAUUCAUGCAGUUGAAGUACUGGAGAGAAAAAUGAAAGAAUUCCUACAAGACAUGAAAUAAAACACAGCUACUUCACUGUUGUCAGGUAAAAAUUCAUGUCCAAAUCUGUUAAUGACAUCAUGUAUCAUAUUGUGAAAAACUGCUAUAGUGAGCCAAAAGGCCCAUAAGGCAACAGCAAACAGGGAAAAAACCAACUGCUCCAAAAGAAUGUGUUUUUCUCCCAUUCUGGAAAUCAACAUGCAGUCUGAAUCUAACAUUACAGUGCGAGAUGACAUUGAUGACAUCAACACCAAUAUGUACCAACCACUAUCAUAUCCAUUAAGCUUUCAAGUGUCUCUCACCGGAUUUCUUAUGUUAGAAAUUGUGUUGGGACUUGGCAGCAACCUCACCGUAUUGGUACUUUACUGCAUGAAAUCCAACUUAAUCAACUCUGUCAGUAACAUUAUUACGAUGAAUCUUCAUGUACUUGAUGUAAUCAUUUGUGUGGGAUGUAUUCCUCUAACUAUAGUUAUUCUUCUGCUUUCACUGGAGAGUAACACUGCUCUCAUCUGCUGUUUCCAUGAGGCCUGUGUAUCUUUUACAAGUGUCUCAACAGCAAUCAACGUUUUUGCUAUCACUUUGGACAGAUAUGACAUCUCUGUAAAGCCUGCAAACCGAAUUCUGACAAUGGGCAGAGCUGUAAUGCUAAUGAUAUCCAUUUGGAUUUUUUCAUUUUUCUCAUUCCUGAUUCCCUUUAUUGAGGUAAAUUUUUUCAGCCUUCAAAGUGGAAAUACAUGGGAAAACAAGACACUUCUGUGUGUCAGUACGAAUGAAUACUACACUGAACUGGGAAUGUAUUAUCACCUGCUAGUACAGAUCCCAAUAUUCUUUUUCACUGUCAUAGUAAUGUUAAUUACAUACAGCAAAAUACUUCAGGCCCUCAAUAUUCGAAUAGGCACAAGAUUCUCAACAGGGCAGAAGAAGAAAGCAAGAAAGAAAAAGACGAUUUCUCUAACCACACAACACGAGACUACAGACAUGUCACAAAGCAGUGGUGGGAGAAAUGUAGUCUUUGGUGUUAGAACUUCAGUCUCUGUAAUAAUUGCCCUCCGGCGAGCUAUGAAACGACACCGUGAACGACGAGAAAGGCAAAAGAGGGUCUUCAAAAUGUCUUUAUUGAUUAUUUCUACAUUUCUUCUCUGCUGGACACCAAUUUCUGUUUUAAAUACCACCAUUUUAUGUUUAGGCCCAAGUGACCUUUUAGUAAAAUUAAGGUUGUGUUUUCUAGUCAUGGGUUAUGGAACAACUAUAUUUCAUCCUCUAUUAUAUGCAUUUACUAGACAAAAAUUUCAAAAGGUCUUGAAAAGUAAAAUGAAAAAGCGAGUUGUUUCCAUAGUAGAAGCUGAUCCCAUGCCUAAUAAUGCUGUAAUACACAACUCUUGGAUAGAUCCUAAAAGAAACAAAAAAAUUACCUUUGAAGAUAGUGAAAUUAGAGAAAAAUGUUUAGUACCUCAGGUUGUCACAGACUAGGGAAAAGGCUAAGUUUCACCAAACCCACACUCAGAAGUUUUAAAUUUAAACUGUAAAAAAUUACUGCCAAAUAUAAGAAAAACAUUUUAAGUACUGGUUAUGUUGUAAAUUUUCAAUGUAAAUGUCAAGAUUAGAUUAGGUCAUAUAUAUUCAAUUUCUUCAUUACUUAAUGUAUUUGUUGCAUGGCAGUUUGUUAAGGUAAUAUCAUGUGUAUAUUUUGUCAAUAUUAUGUCCAACAGAAGAUAUUUAUGUAAGUCAUAUUUUCUAAAGAAUAAAUACAUAGCCUUAAAACACUGUAUAACUUUAAAAUAUAACUGACACAGGUAUCCUUGCUCUUUUUUUUUAUAAAGUGUAUUGUUUCUAAGCCACAAACUAUAUCUAUAUGUUAACAACUGGAAUAGCAUUUUAACAUAAAAAGCAAAAUUAUGGGCUCCAAGCAACCAAAAUGACCCAGGAUUUUCUAUACCACUAUAUUAUGUUUUCUAGCAUAGUCUACUUGCUAUAAUAUUUGAUUCAUCAAAAAUAAUGAACUAUAUAUGAAACUUUAUCCUUUUUGGAAUGUAGGAAACUGUAGGAUUUAUCAGGAUUUUAAAAUUCAA